ACACAUAAAUCAUUCACUUAGAUUUUAUAGAUUAAUUAACGUGUGUAUUAUAUUAUCUGAUUAGUGUAGAUUAUUUAUAUAACUAGAAUGGCUCCAAAUUACCUUGCGUUACUCCCAUUGAUAUUCGAUAAAAAUGUAUCCAAGAAGCUUGUAUUACAGAUGGUAUUCAAGCAAAUUGGUAAAAUUGGGUAUGCCAAAGUGUUAGCAGUAAUUUUAAGUGCAUCUAUGAUUGGUGUAUCAUCAUUUAUUAGAAUUCCUCAGAUUCAAAAGAUUAUUAAUCCAAAAUUAUUAGAAGAUCGAAUUAAAGUAGCUCAAGGUUUAUCGUUAGAAUCUUAUAGUAUUGAAAGUUUAAAUUAUUUGAUUCAUGUUGUAUUCAAUUAUCAGAAUAAGAAUUCUUUUAUAAACUAUGGUGAAAGUUUAUUAUUAGGUAUUCAAAAUAUUGCUAUCAUUCUAUUAAUUAAAUUCUAUAGAUUAAGAGCUUCAGGUGAAAUUCCUGAUUUAUCUGAUAAAUCAAGUGUUGAAAAAUUGACUAUUCUUAGAGAAAAAUUGGCUUUACCAAUUGGAGGAAUUGUUGGCUCAAUAAUUGUUUUAAGUCUUUUUGCUCCUCCUGAAGUUAUUUCUACUUUACAAGUAUUGAAUAUCCCUAUUAAUAUUAUUUCGAAAUUACCUCAGAUUAAUCAAAAUCGCACUUUGAAAACGGCUAGCCACUUAUCGGUUGUAACACUUCGUGCUAAUGUGUUAGGAUCUCUUAUUAGAGUAUUUACUUCUGGUCAAGAUGUAUUAUCCAAACGUACCAAAGGUAAAGCUAUUUGGAGUGAUUAUAUUUUAUGGGCCGGAUAUUUCACUUCCUUAGCAUUGAAUGGAACUUUACUUGGACAAAGUAUAUUUUAUGAUGGAUGUCCCUUAUUAAGUAAGAAACAGUAUCCUGAAUCUUCGGAAAAGGAACAAGAGAAGAAGAAGGAUAUUUGAAUUAUAUAUUUAAAGUAUUAUGUAUUAUGUAUUGCCUAAUAUAGUAGAGUCGUUACCAUGCGACGUUAUUGCCUAAUGCAGUAAUGGUAUGCGGAUAUGUCAGCGACAUGGAAAAGUUGAAAAAUUCAUCACUUGCGACCGAUUUGAACUUAAGUAAAGUAGUAAUAAUAACAGUAAUUACUGUA